AUGAAUUUCUCUAAAGACUAUACACACCUUGAUGAAAUGGGAAGAAGUUGUAAAGCUAUUUUGGUAGGUAAUCUUCACCCAAAAGUGUCCUUCAGUAAUAUAGUCGAACUAUUUUAUCAGGUAAAAACAAAAUAUUUCUGAGGAUCAUAAUAAUAUUUGUAAUUCAGUUUUUUAUUUAUGUAAUAUUGGUUGUUAUAAAGGUGGGGCCAAUUGAAUUUGUUGAAUUUCCAUUUUAUGACAGUGGAUUAUGUAAAACAUUUGCUUGUGUGGUAUUCAAACAUUUGAGUUCUGUGGAAGAUAGUAUUAAAUUAUUUUGCAAUACAAAAUUAUAUGGAACACCCAUCAUAACAGUAAAUUACUCCGAACAUUGUAAAGAUAUUGCAUCACAUAAGAAACCCGAAUAUUUAAAGCAACUUAGCAGCAUAAAUAGAAGGAGACGGAAUAACCGAAAUUUUGUUAAAAGGAAUAAUCCACAAACUUUGCCUGAAUUUCCUACUCAAAAUUGUAACUCAAGUUAUAAAAAUGAACAUAAUUUCAUUAAUAAAAUAUAUCACAGACGUAGAGGUUAUCGAAAAUUAAACUAUAACAGAAAACUUGACUCAAUGAAAAUAUUUACCAACCAUCAGGAUUUGGAUCGUCAUCAAAAUAAUGAUAGAAAUUUAUGUCGCAAUCAAAAUUAUGAACAUACACAUCGAGAUUCUAAUAAAAAUCAAGAUAAAUGGCCAGUCAGCGAUCUAAGACAUACUUUAAAUCACCAUAAGAAUAGGCCAUCAGAAAGAAAUCUCAAAAACAAUAACACUAGUGAUGAUUUCUCCAAUAAGAUAUCACGAAAAAAUUAUUAA